CAUCAAAGGGCACAUACAAUCUUAUAUAAGUUUUGUUAUCAAAAACAAGUUCGAUUCUUUAAACGCUUCAGGAAAAUUGGAGAUCUACGGAGUCAUCAUCACCCUCUGUACUUGUUGAUCAUUCGAUUCGUUGGGUGAAGAUAUUAGAGACAAUGGAAGAACUGAAAUCGACUAUGGAGGACCACAUGAAUCAAAUGGCAGAUCUCGUUGAGAAAUUCUCAGCAGAACUUCGCUCCGGACUGCGACCAGCUUACGACAACUUCAUUGGUUUCUUCCACGCCAUCGAUUGGAAGGAACCUUGGUUAAUUUGCUUGAUGCUGUCCCAUGCUGCAUUGCUGCUAAUGACUCUCAUUUCGAGGAGGAAUAUCAACUUUCAAAUGUACUUGUUUCUUCUUGCAUUGGCUGGUGUAUAUCUUGCCGAGAGGUUUAAUAAAUUCUUGGCUGGUAACUGGAAAAUUUUUGCCAGCCAGAAUUAUUUCGACCCACACGGACUCUUUCUCUCCGUCAUCUGGUCUGGGCCUCUUCUUGUAAUUGCAAUCAUCAUCUUGGUGAAUACCCUUUUUACUUUGUGCCAACUAAUUGUUAGAUGGAAAAAGGCUGAACUCAGACACCGUGCAAGACUUUCUCAUAACAAAGAAGAGUGAUAUGAUAUACUCACUUUUGUUCUAGAUAUGCAAGGGAUCUCUUAUUGGCUUCAUUUUGGAUAAAUUUUUUAUGUAGCGUUCUGGAAUUAGGUUAAAAAACGGUCACGUGCUUUAUCUUUCCUGAGAUCUUGUGACAUGCUGGUGAACAGACGGGACCUUUCAUUCAAACUUGUGCACCAUUGCAUACUGCACAUUAUACUUACUGGAUUGGUUCACUUCCAUUUGUGGGGACUAUUCUUUGGCAGUGUAUGCUCCUACUGUACCCAAACUAAAAAUAUAGCAAAUCGUAUUAUUUUUUCUUUCGAAAACUGUGCAUUCUGGCAGUUUAAUUUGGGAGCAUUUACGUUAUUUUGGGUAUUGAUAUGUGUAAUGAUUGUCACUCUUCUCUAUCAUUUAGCCAUCUCUGUUUCUGCAGAGAGUAUGAAUGACUAAUGUGGUUGGAUGA